AUGUCUUUGGCUGAACACAUAGACAUCAGAUGUAUUUCCUGUUGCUGCUUCUCAACUGCACAUUGUCUCUCUCUCUCCCUCAUUUCCUCUCAGGCGAUCUCUCAACAGGACCUGGUUUACAUGGCCAUCCAGAUUGCAUGUGGAAUGAGUUACCUCUCUCGCAGGGAGGUCAUACACAAAGACCUUGCUGCCAGGAACUGUGUCAUUGACGACAACAUGCAGGUGAAGAUAACAGACAAUGCCCUUGCCCGAGACCUGUUUCCCAUGGAUUACCACUGUCUGGGGGACAAUGAGAACCGGCCGGUGCGCUGGAUGGCCCUGGAGAGCCUUCUCAACAACGACUUCUCCAGUGCCAGCGAUGUUUGGGCCUUUGGAGUGACUUUGUGGGAGCUGAUGACUCUGGGUCAGACCCCCUACGUGGACAUUGACCCUUUCGAGAUGUCCGCCUACCUGAAGGACGGCUACAGAAUAGCACAGCCCAUCAACUGUCCAGAUGAACUGUCUCAGGCUCGAAAAUGACAUGCCCAGAA